UUUUUUAAAAAAAAUAGAUAACUUAAUUCAUAUUAAAAUCGAGAAUCAGAUACAAAACCGCCACGUUAAAGGCUACACUACACUGAGAUGAGACAUAGAGCUGGAAGAUCGCUGAAAUGCGACCCAACUCGCUAACCCCACAAGAUGAUAGACUCUACUAACAGCAAUGCUGCACCUGCUACUAGAAUGAAUAAUAAAAGUAACUAAAGAGUUCUGGGAAAAAGAGCAAAAAUAAGAAUAACGAGAUCCAAUUUUUCCAGCCACUGACAAGGAAAGUGCGGUUCGUCCAGCCCCCGCCAAAGGCCCAUCAUCGCUGACACAGAGGUCCCCCGUCAUUGGCUUGACAGAGUCAACCACCACGUCUUCACUACUCGCAAGUUUUUCCUCAUUCUUAACCAUCUAACUCUUUUCAUCUGCAAGGGUUUCAUUAAAUAUGACAGGCAGUGCCAUCCCUCUGGCACCGCUACCUGCCCAUUUUUUGAAACUUCUUCAUAUGCCGCCAUCCUAGCUUGGGUAUCCUUUGUGAUCUUCGGCAUUAUCACUUUGCGCUUCCAGGGUUCUUCCUCUUGGAAAUCAGCUACGCCUUCUCCUUUAGGUAGCAAUCCUUCCCUGAUAUAACUGUGUGUCUCCUCAAAACCCGCAUUGUUAUUUUCCACAACAUUCUCAAUCUCUUCCUUACAUGAGCUGGUUCCACUUCCACUAAGGAUUCAACCGCUUGUUGCCCCGAUGCACUCCUCUUCUCCUCAUAUAAGCACGCAUCCAAGCCCCAUAUGGCCUCUCUCUUAUCCAAGAUCCGGAGUGAGUAUCGGAUGGACAAAGACGAUCAAUAUGUCCCAAAAUUCCACAAAUGAAGCAGAACUUUGAAAGACGCUCAUAUUUAAACUCUGCCCAAAACCAGUUACCCCCUCCUUCCUUAUAUGUAAUCGGCGAACUAUUGCUUUCUUGAUAUUCAUGGUCACCCGAAUUCGCAAGAUGGAUCUCCAAACACCUCCUAGCGUGCGCUCAUCAACUGCAAUGAACGAACCAAUUGUGUUUCUGAUACCACAUGCAACUUUUUCAGUCAUAAAGCCUAGAGGUAGGUUAUGUAUCUGAACCCAAAAAUCAGCGCUAUCCAAAGCCACCUCAAGUGGUCUAUCCACCUGCCCUAAACGCCUUAUUACCACAAAAUUUUGUUCAAAGGUCCAAGGUUCAUCUCGAAGUACCCGAUUGAUAUCCCCUUCAUGGUAGAACUGUAACAGAAAUUUUGAGUCGCCAAUUUCAUCGAUCGAUACACCUUUGACCGGUCUCAAACCAUUGCCAUGGUUGCCCGAAAUGCAAAGGGACGAAUAGAUUUCUCUGUCACCACGCUCGCCAACGGCAAGAAACGUGGCACCGCCAUCGCUUCGUCUCCUCCAACAACAUCGCUGUAAAAAAACAGUCCCCUAUCCUCUUCUUCCUCCAUAGCCAUUUCACCGAACCCCUCACAAAAAUCUCCUUCAAGCACCCUUGUACACAAAGUACAACCACUAAAUUCUUUAAGGACCGAAUAACAAUUCUCUUGCAACCCUGCACUACAAUUUCCACAAAGCCUCUAAGAUGACAGAGAGCAGAAAUACUACGUAAAUUCUUAACACACAAUAGUGCAAAAAACAGAGACCCACAACGCCGCUCAUAGAUUCAAGCCAAAACGAAUAAUCCUUCUCGUGUAAGCAAUCAAAUAGAAGAAAAAUACCAAACCCGUUCACCAGGAACGCAAGACAAACCUCGACAAAACAAACAAGGCUGCCGGACUACACCAAUCGAAAAGCCAACGGACUGGAAAUCAAAGAGAACAAACGAACCGAACACCCGACCAAACUUUGGCCAGGUAGAGAGUGAAGCAGCGACGAGGCAGCAUUCCCCUUCCCCCACGCAAGCUCGCUCUGGUUCAAACACCGGCCUAGAUCGUGGAAUCCUCAGGGCCGGCUGCCACCACUCCUAGGGUUUGUUCCGCAUCGUAACUUUUUUACUAUCUAGCAUUAUCAAGCUUUUUAAUUAUCUCCUCUAAACCCAAUAUAUUCAAGGGUAAAUGGAAACUAAUAAUCUAAUCUUUUAGCGGUCUUCUUAUAAUAAUCCCACCUUUUGGUUAUUCAUGAAUAAUCCAACCUUUGCACCUCAUCUUCAUUCAUUAGUCCCUGACUGGUUGAUGAUCUACUAUUCCAAGCUAUUUUCUUAUAUUUGCAUAUCAUUAUAUCAUAAAUCUCAUCUUUCACAAAGAUUAUAUUUUGCUAAGAUAAGAAAAUAACUUGGAAUAGUAGGUCAUUAACAGAUCCCGGACCAGUGAAUAAAGAUGAGGUGCAAAGGUUGGAUUAUUCAUGAAUAAUAAAAAGGUGAGAUUAUUGAAAGAAGACCGCUAAAAGGUUGGAUUAUUAGUUUCCACUUUCUCUCUAUUCAAUUACUUUCCAAUUUCCAUAUUGACCGAAUAGCCCCAAAGUUAUUUUGUAGUAGUAGUAAUAACUUGUGUGACAUCACACCAUCAUUAAAAAAGGUUUUUAAUCGUAUAGCAAGAAAGAUAACAUCUUUUAAACAUGUAAAUUACGAGUAUAUGUAAUAAUUAACACUUUGUCAUUGAUUUAUAUAUCAUCAAGAGAGUAACAAACCAACUAACACUUCAUCCAUCACCUCAUAGUUAACAAUUGGUAGGACUUAAUAGCAUAAUAUUAAAUUAGGAAUAUUUUGUAUUUUUAGGAACUCUUUUUAUUAUAAAUAUAUCUGUCAGGUACCCUAUUGGGUACCUUUCCCAUUAUUUCACAUGAUAUCAAGAGCAUAAUUUUUCUCUCUCUCCUCUAAACCCUCACGACAUGAGCUCGGCUGAAAAUUCAUCUACCGCCGCCUUGCAUAUGCAUGCCGCCGAUUCCUUCUCCUCCAUGGCGGGUUCCACUAUAGCUUCAGCUUCAUCAACUACGGCGCCGGUUUCCUCUGUCUUAACCGCCGCGGCCGUAGGUGUCACUAGCGCCGCCAUAAGCCAGCCAGCGCCGCAGCAGGUAACCGCCAUUCAGUCCAGUCCGGUAGUGCAACUAGCCUCUUCUUCCUUCGUUGCAGGGGUUCCCGGAGCAUAUUCUUUGUUCCAGUCUCUUCCUCCGGUGUUACCAUGGCAAUCACCUGUCAUACACGAUGUACCGGGGCUUUACUCUACCUCGAUGAGCACGCCAAUGCCUCAACCGCACUCCAGCCCCCGAUAUUUCGGCUUUACAUUCUCCGGUGCGCCUGGACUGUCUAGACCGGCGGACAACUCCCUGUUUCAGUCCCCGAUGGCGACGAUUGCUCAAUCAAUCUAUCUGAUCUCCAAUGUUACUCAAAUUAUUACGAUCAAGCUCAAGGCGGUGGAAGAUUACAUCACAUGGCGCACUCAGUUUGAAUCUUUCCUCGUCUCUCAAGGUUUGUUUAGUUUUUUGGAUGGUUUCACUCCGGUACCUCCAAUGUACCUGAUUGAUUUUAAUAAUCGCCAAAUCAUUAAUACUGAUUAUUACCACUGGUUACGGGUUUAUCAAACAAUUUGUUGAUGGAUUUUUGCUACUCUUACCCGUGAUGUAUUAAUUGAUGUACAUGAAUUUAAACAUGCUUUUGAGAUUUGGGAAAGACUGGAAAAAUUGUUUUCGUUCUACUAGUUUGGCCCGCUCUAUGGAACUUAAGCGUAACUUGACCAAUAUGAGAAAGAAGGAAAAUCAAUCCAUGAAAAAUUAUUUAGGGGAAAUUAAAUAUUUAGUUGGUGAAUUGGCCGCAAUAAAUUCUCCGGUGUCCAACAAAGAAAUUCUUCAGACCACUCUUAUGGGGCUUGGACCGGAAUAUGAAUCCACUAUGGGCACUAUUUCCCUUUUUCCUGAUAAUUUUCCGCCAGACAUCCUUCACCGGAGCUUGUUAGAAGCUGAACAGCGGGUCCUUUUUCUCUGUCAACAAACAGCUCCUCCGGCCUACCAAGCCUUCGGCGCGCAUAAACGGGGUGUUGUACCGCGUGGAGGCCGCGACAGGAGACACGGGCCCAACAACUACGGUCAGCAGCAACCUUACUAUGGGCCGGGGUAGCAGGGCUUCGGUCAAGGGCAGAAAGGAUUCCGUCCGGGGCAGCAGGCCUUCGGCCAGGGGCAGCAGCCUGGGCAUCUUCACCACCAGUCGGGAGCGCAGCAACAACAUAGAGCUCUAAAUGCAGGUGCUAUAAGUAAUUCUGUUUUGUCCACUUUAAAUGCUACUGCUAUAUCAUUUUGUGAUACUAAUGUUAAGUCUGCAUGCUCUUCAUCUGCUGAGGGAAUUCUUGGGGCAAUUCACCCACCCGUUGUGUGUCAAAUCUGUUUUUCUGCAGGUCAUUCUGCAAUCAGCUGUCCUUCCUGAUUUUCUCCACCGUCUGCACCCGUACUUCUCACCAGUCAAUCUAAUGAAGCUCUGUGGUAUCCAGACACUGGUGCCUCUGCUCAUAUGACUUCCUCUGAAGGUAUUUUGACAAAUAAAUCUACUUAUUCUGGUCCAACUAUUGUUAGUGUUGCUAAUGGUGCUCAACUCCCUAUAAAACAUGUUGGUGAUAUCUCUCUAAAUUCCUCUGGCCGCCCGCUUCUAUUCAAAUCUGUUUAUCAUGUGCUUAAUAUUAAAUUCAAUUUAAUUUCAAUUCAAAAAUUGUGUGCUGAUAAAAACUGUGUUGCUAUUUUUGACAAAAAUUCCUUUUUUGUUAAGGACAAAACUUCGGGGGCGGUCCUUCUUCGAGCAACAACUAACGGCCAUCUCUAUCCUCUCAGCCUGAGUCCACCAUCUAGCCUAGCUUUAUCUUCAGUUCUCACCACUGGCCCUGUGUGGCAUCGUAUAUUGUCAUUGUGGUGAAAAUAUUUUAUGUAUUUUAAGCAAUCAAAAACACAUAUGUAAUACUUUUAGCUUUUCUCAUGAUUGUAUUCCUUGCCGGUUAGACAAGUCCCAACGAUUACCUUUUUCCGAUACUAUUCACACCUCUACUUCUCCCUUGCAAUUAAUUCAUUCUGAUGUGUGGCAGUCUCCUGUUCUUUCUAAUUUGGGAUUUAAAUACUAUGCCUGUUUCAUUGACGAUUUUUCUCAUUUUACGUAGAUUUAUCCCUCACGUGCUAAAAACGAGGUUUUGACUCUUAAAUUUUUUAAAUCUUUAGUUGAAAAUCUUUUUAACUCUCGAAUUAAAAUUUAUUAAAGUGAUGGAGGGGGUGAAUUUGUUAAUUCUAAAAUGCAACAUUUUUUUAAUUCUCAUGGAAUUUAUUUUCAAAAAUCAUGCCCUCAUACUCCUCAACAAAAUGGACUUGCUGAGCGUAAACACCGUCAUCUACUUGAACUUACUCGGAUUAUGCUUAUUGAGACAUCUCUUCCUAGUUAUUUUUGGGUGGAUAUGUUGAUUACGGCUGUAUAUAUUAUUUAACUUUGGUAGGUGCAUUACAGUAUUUAACUUUCACAAGACCUGAUAUUACUUAUGCAGUGCAUUUAGUCUCUCAGUUUAUGCAUGCCCCACGUACCACUCACCUUUUUGCUGUCAAGAGGAUUUUUAGAUAUUUGCAGGGAACCAUUGAUCAUGGUCUGUGGCUUCAGCCUACAUCUAAGGCAACUUGCAUUAUUGCAUACUCAGAUGCAAAUUGGGCCGGAUGUCCUGAUACUUCUCGCUCCACCACUGGUUAUGCUGUUUUUCUGGGGGCCAAUCUUGUGUCUUGGAAGUCCAAGAAGCAACUUACUGUCUCCAAAUCUUCUACAGAAGCAGAAUAUUGUGCUAUUGCCUACACGGUGCAGGACACACUCCAUAUUCGGUCCAUUCUGUCUGAGCUUGGCUUUCCUGUCACGACACCGGUACGUUUGUUUUGUGACAACAUCUCUGCUACAUACUUGACAUCAAAUCCUGUUCAGCAUGCUCGAAGUAAGCAUAUUCAGAUUGAUUAUCACUUUGUUCGUGAACGUGUGGCUCAUGGUGAUCUUGUGGUUAAAUAUAUGCCUACUAGUCUUCAGCUGACGAAUAUAUUUACUAAGAGUCUCUCUAGUCAGGAAUUUCAUUUUUUAAAAGACAACCUGCGCGUUGUAUCUCCCGCACAGUUUGAGGGGGUGUAAUACUGUAAUUGCCUAAUAUUAAAUUAGGAAUACUUUAUAUUUUUGGAAACUCUUUUUAUUAUAAAUAUAUCUUCCAGGUACCCUAUUGGGUAACCUUUCCCAUUAUUUCACAAGACUAAGUGUCAUCUCCUUCAUAACCGUGACGUAUAAAUCAAAUAGAGCACAUACUUUGCUGGUUAUGAUAGGCGAGUCACCACCAACCGGAUGUUGUACUUCGUACAUUAGAGCGUUUUGGUAAUUUUUUGGAAGAAUUCUCAAAAUAAGAAUAACCAAGUUUUGAAAUUUCAAUAUAGAACUGUUGUUGUCGUAUUACCAACUAUAUUAGAAAAGUUUUGUAUAAAACUUUAUUAUAUUGCAUAUAACCAACUUUCAACAAUAAUAUCAUACUACGUAAUAAUUAUCACAUAUAAGGGUGCUAUAAUAAAGUUUAUAAUAAUAUAUAGUUAAUGGUUACUUAUUUCAAUAAUUUAAAUUAUUUCAUAAAUUUAAAAAAUUAAGAUAAAAGAUAACAAAACAUAUGUACCAUCGAUCGAGACAGUCAGACAGAGAGGAAGAAAGAAGAAGUCGGAACUCGGAAGCAAAGCAACACAUAAAGCACAAGGGAUAAGACUAAUGAGAGACUUAGGACAUGUUUACUUCACGAGUUACUAAAUGGUGCUUAUUAAGAUCCGCGCUAAUAAGUUGCACAUAAAUUAAGCAGUGUUGUAAGCUCAUGUUUACUUCAAAGGAUUUUUA